GUCGCGAUGGCGGCCACACGCAAACUGACAUCACGCGCCAAAUUCAAAAAAUCGAACUCAUUCUAGUCAAUUUUUUUAGACUGAUAGCAUGACUAAAGAUGACUUAAACAUAAAUAGAAUAAAAACAGACUAAUGAAUGAAUACAGACAUUUGACUGUGAAAUGCUUUAACUGACUAUUGACUGUGACAGUGUGAGUGACUUGACUUGACUUUUUGACUGGAUUUUUGACAAAUUACGAGGAUAUAUUAGAGGUAACAAUGGCAAUGGUCUGGAGAGUCGCACGGAGGAAAGCCAGUUUCCAGGUGCAAGCGCAUUGCGACAGUCAUCUUUAUUGGAACAAUGUCCACUACGAGGACCUCCUAAAUGCCCACCAGCUUCUAAGAGAUACCGUACACACGAUGGAACUUGCAACAACCUCAGCCGCCCAAGAUGGGGCGCCACCAUGACACCAGUCCAACGUUUCUUACAACCAGUCUAUUCUGAUGGCAUCCAAGCACCUCGUAAAUCUAUCGUUGGUACCACUCUUCCGUCGGCAAGAGAAAUUAGUGCAUUGAUUCACGAAGACAAAAACGCAGAGAACCCUGGUAUAACCCAUUUACUGAUGCAGUGGGGACAGUUCUUGGAUCAUGAUGUAACAUCCUCCUCCCAAUCGAGAGGAUUCAACGGUUCAGUGCCCAGAUGCUGUAAGGAUGGAGGGAGAGAUUUUAUACCUAAGGAGCUUAUGCACCCAGAAUGCAUGCCUAUUGCCGUGCCACCAUCAGAUCCGUUCUACGGUCCAAGGGGUGUUCGUUGUCUGGACUUUGUGCGUUCAUCCCCAGCUCCUCGAGAUGACUGCGCACUAGGCUGGCGUGAGCAGUUUAACCAAGUAUCUGCAUACAUCGACGGCUCUCCGCUAUAUGCUAGCUCUGCUAGACAAUCGGACAAACUUAGGCUGUUUAGAAAUGGGAUGUUGCAAUACGGACGUGUUCAGCAGCGCCGACCACUGUUGCCUCCAGACCGUGACGAGCUGUGUCGUGGGGGAGCUGUCUCCACUGAUUGCUUUAAGUCUGGUGAUGCGCGCGUCAACGAACACCCAGGUCUCGUCGCAGCUCACAUCGUAUGGCUACGACAGCACAACAGAAUGGCUCAAGAACUCGCACAUUUAAACCCCCAUUGGAGCGACGAAAAGAUCUACCAGGAGACUCGCAAGAUCGUCGGCGCCAUGGUUCAACACAUCACCUAUAGAGAAUUUCUACCCAUUGUUUUAGGAUCUGAAGUAAUGCGGCUGUUUGAACUUGAGCUACAACAAAAGGGCUUUUAUCGUGGCUAUAGUCCAAAAAUCAACGCAAACCCAGCUAGUUCCUUCGGCUCUGCUGCUUUUCGAUUUGGACACAGCCUCGUGCAAUCCUCCUUUGUCCGUUUUGACAGGUUUCAUCGCCCUAUUAACAAUAACGUCUCCCUCCACGAUGAACUAACUAACCCAUCUAAUAUCUGGAGUAUGGGCGCCGUAGAUCGCCUUCUUCUUGGCAUGGUAAACCAACCUAUACAGAAACGUGAUGAAUUUAUCACCGAGGAGUUGACAAAUCAUCUUUUCCAAACUCCUCACUUUAGUUUCGGUAUGGACUUGGCGGCUAUCAACAUCCAAAGAGGGAGAGACCAUGGAGUCCCAACAUACACAACUUGGAGAGAGCCCUGUGGAUUAUCAGCUAUAAGCAACUUCGAGGAUCUAUUUAGAGUCAUGCCAGCGAGAGUUGUUAGGAAAUUGAAGGUUUUAUACAGACACGUAGAUGACAUUGACCUAUUUACUGGUGGCAUGGCAGAACGCCCUGUUGUUGGAGGCUUAGUGGGACCGACAUUUGCAUGUAUCAUAGCUCAACAAUUUUCCAAUUUGCGGAAAGGUGAUCGCUUUUGGUAUGAGAACGGAGGAUUCGAGUCUUCGUUAACGCCGGCACAGUUGCAACAGAUACGCAGAAUAUCUCUAGCACAAGUACUUUGUCGUACAUUAGAUUCUAUUGACAGCAUUCAACCAUUUGCUUUUCUUUCCUCUGACAACCCCGAUAAUGAAAGGAUAUCAUGCCGUAAUGGUCUGCUGAAUAACUUUGAUUUAUCCCCUUGGAUUGAAAUACAUUCAGACUCUAACAAUGACGUGAGAAAAUCUGAUGAAGAUGCACCAACUACCUCUAAGCCUAGACGAACAAAGCCCACUACUGCUGGACCUAUAACAACUACUAGAAAAUCUCAAAAAACAGCACAAGCUAAUAGAAAGAAACCAAAUUCUGUAAACGACUCAAAUAAAACACAAAGUCAUAAACUCAACACAACUGACAUUAACGAUAAUGACCGUACUGAUAAUAAAACUACAAACUCAAAGCCCAAUAUAAUAGUACAAGCUAUAGACGACAAACUAGACUUUAGGAACAAGACUAGACGUUACAGCGACGUCGACAUCAGUAGUCGUUACAACCCGACUCGACAAUACAAUGACUAUUACGACGACGUACAAAACGUACAAUCCGUAGUUAUUAACAACUUACCAAAUAAAAAAAGACCUAGCAGACCUUACAUAUCUGUGACUGAAAAUAUAGACAAAUACACUUACUUGAUAAAUUACGUACCGAGACCGACUCAAUCAUGGCGUAAGACUACAAGACGAAAUCACGACAGAGAUGUUGUUAAAGUUACUUACCAGACAUAUGACGAUACAUACAGACGACCAAACAGACCGUACUACAACAGAGACGAUUUAGACAAUGACUUUGAAUCACGUGACAACAAACCGAUUGUACCCGUGACAGAAAACUUUCCAUCCUCAGCUAGAACGAAUGACGACGAUAGUUUUGAACCAAGAACUACAGAAAAAACUGUUAUGACUGACCGACCAAAACAUCCGACGGAGAAGUCUUCUAAAGUUGACACAAUUGAUCCAACGACUGAGAACAUUUACAAAUUACUAACAUUCGGAUACGUAGGUACUUACAGAGGUGAGGCGAUCACCGGUACUAACAAAGACAAUGCACGUAUUACUGAUAAUGACAAAAGACAUAACGUUAUAAGUAAAGACUUUUCGACUGUUGAAACCGAGAAAUAUGACGCUAACAUUACAGAUGACUUAAAUAAUACUAAACUUUCAACUUUCAUCCUUUAUGAGACUGCGACUAAACCUUACAGCUUAAAUAGACCGACAAGACGAAACGAUGACGAACAUUUGACUGUAGACACAAAAAAUAAAUACUUUUUUAUGCAUAACGUUUUGCGCAAAUAUCCAGAUGGAUCGUCAUUGGCAGAUUAUAACCAAAACAAAGGAGAAAAAACAAAUGAUAAUAUAAAGAAGAAUUCUCAAACAUUAGAUAACUUAGGAAUAGAGGAAAGAUCGGGAAUAAAUAAAUUAUCUUCAAAUAUAGAUGAGUCAAAACCAAUUAAUAGUAAUAAGCCGAAACAUAAGAGACCAGCCAAUUCCGUGAAAACGCCAUCUGUAGCUUUCCAAAUAAUACCAAGUGAAAACAAUCCAUCACAGUGGGCAGUAUAUGACGAGAACGAAGACCUUCUUGGAGGAUUUCUUCAGAGAAUGCCCUCCAUCAAAUCUGAUCCCUACGCCCUUCGAGAAAUUCCUCGACCUAUGGACUUCAACUCUUUAAGACGAAGGCCUGGACGAAUUUAACAAUUGAACACUUUAGGAAAAAUACACUUCGAGUUUUAUAAUACUAGUGCUUAAGGUGUUCAAUAAUUUAAAACUGCAUAAAUCUUGCCUAUCUGAUUGCUAUUAUACAAUUCGAACGGCAUCAUUCAAUUUUUUUAUGUUUAUUACAGGAAUAUAAGAAAGAUAAAGAAAUAUUUCUGGUAAAUAUUAAUACUUUGUAACGUGACAACGCAUUGACUUAAGACUUAUUAUGACUAAUCGUUA